AUGCUGCAGGUCAUACAGGAGAUCAACGGGGUUACCGGGUACCCGAUCUGUAACGAGAUGACAUGUCCCACUAUGUCUGCUGGGAAUCUGACAUACACCUGGCUGGUCGACGGCAAGGCAGCGAGGAUAUCGGCGCCCAAGUUCAUCAACCGUGUCGAAAAGUGGAUUGUCAGCAAGAUCCACGACCCUGUCAUGUUCCCUACCGACCCCGUCACCGCAACUCCCAUCACCUUUGGCUACACCGAGCAGGCCAACGGAGAGGCCCCCAGCGGCCAGCCACAGCAGCAGGCCGCCGGCGACCCGUCACAGGACUGGAUCGGCAAGUCGAGCGGCUUCCCGCCGACCUUCUACAAGGACUGCCAGGGCAUCAUGAAGCAGAUGUUCCGCUGCUACGCCCAUCUUUAUCACGGCCACUGGGAGAACCCCUUCUGGCACAUCAACAAGCACGAGGUGCUCAACAUGUGCUUCGUCCACUUUGUCACCGUCGCCAAGUACUACAAGCUAGUGUCAGACAAGGAGCUCGAGCCCAUGCAGCCCCUGAUCGAUAUCUACACCAAGCAGGAAAAGAUCCCUCCUGAAGCCCUUGCCGGUCACUGGGCUCAGCACUCGUCGCAGUCUUGA